AGGGUCCACAUCAUAUCAUCUUUAUCUUAAUGCACCUGAAGGAUAUGCCCAUGACCCCAAAUCUACUGCAGCUUUGGGAGCAACCGGACAACAAAUCAUCUGUUGCACCUAUAACACAAAACAGCAUAGAUACGUCAAAAUCCCCUGUAGUUGGUGUGAUCUAGGGAGAUAAUAAGAGUACGUGGCAAGCAAGCAUGGGGACAGCAUGUAAGUCUCGAGCCUUCAAGUUAGCAGAUUGAAGAAAGGGGGUUAUAUACACGUGGUGAAGGGUGCGAGGCGUUUUUCAUUAGAAACAUGACGUACUGAGUGAUAAUACUCCAAAUUAUUGCUUCGAAAGGGCUUCCCAAGAGUAGCGGUAUGCAUGUUCCCAGAAGCAACUUUUCUUACAAAUAGCUAUAUUAUACCAAAGAUCGGCACAAGAUCAGAAGAAAGCAGCCAUUGAGCUCUCCUCUGAAACCAUUUUCUUGGAGCUUUUACUGGUUCCAGCGAAUGGCUAGCGACGCUGAAAAACUUGCAAACUCUCCACCUUCUAAGGGAAGUCUGGUCACGGUUCUGAGCAUUGAUGGUGGCGGCGUGAGAGGGAUAAUCCCAGGAACCAUCCUCGCCUUCCUCGAAUCAAAGCUCCAAGAUCUUGAUGGAGAGGAUGCAAGGAUAGCAGACUACUUUGAUGUCGUUGCUGGAACGAGCACAGGAGGGCUCGUGACUGCAAUGCUUACAGCUCCCAACAAAAAUAAUCGGCCACUCUUUGCGGCAGAUGAUAUCACCAAGUUCUAUUUAGAAAACUCCCCUAAGAUUUUUCCUCAAAAGACUGGGAUUUUCUCUUCAACGUGUAAUUUGUUUACUGUAGUCACAGGGCCUAAAUAUGAUGGGAAGUAUCUGCACUCGAUAAUACGAGAAUUACUUGGUGAAACAAGGCUUCAUCAAGCUCUAACUAACAUAGUUAUUCCUACUUUUGAUAUUAAGCUUCUUCAGCCCACUAUCUUUUCCACCUUUGAGGUAUCAGUCUGCCAUCCCUCCAUAACCUUAUCUCAUUUUGUAAGUCUCAUUUUGCCCUUGUGCGUGCAGGCAAGACAUGCACCUCUGAAAGAUUCUCUUCUGUCUGAUAUAUGCAUUAGCACAUCUGCAGCUCCAACCUAUCUUCCUGCCCACUACUUUGAAACAAAAGAUGCUAAUGGAAACACGAGAAGCUUUAAUCUUGUUGAUGGAGGGGUUGCAGCAAAUAAUCCGACAUUAGCAGCGAUCAGCGAAGUUACGAAGGAGAUCCUCAAGAAAAAUGAAGAUUUCUCUCCCAUCAAGCCAAUGGACUAUGGCAAAUUCCUUGUGAUCUCUCUUGGGACGGGGUCAGCAAAGAACGAAGAGAGAUUCAGUGCACAAAAGGCCUCCAAAUGGGGUGUACUAGGAUGGUUGUACAACAAUGGUGCUGCGCCUCUGAUCGACAUUUUUACUCAAGCUAGUGCUGAUAUGGUUGAUAUCCAUGCAUCUGUGGUAUUCCAAGCACUCCAUUCUACGGGAAACUAUCUUCGCAUACAGGAUGACAACCUGACUGGAAAUGCUUCAUCUGUGGACAUCUCUACGGAUGAGAACUUGCUAAAGCUUGUGCAAAUUGGGAAGGAUCUCCUCAAGAAGCGAGUGUCAAGGGUUAACUUGGAGACUGGCUUGUCUGAGGAGGUCAAUGGGGAGGUAACCAAUGAAGAAGCACUUAUCCAUUUUGCAAAGCUUCUCUCCAAUGAAAGACGGUUGAGGUGUGGGAAAAUGCUGGAACUCUGACAAUAUGGCUUACCCUGGCUUGUAUUGGCUGUUACGCACAAAUGUUUCAGUUACCAAAGUGUAAUUCUAAAAUUGCCUGGAGCACAGGAAUCUCCUAUUUCUACCUUCAAGUCACUUGUUGUUGUUGGUGUACUCGUGGCAUAAAUAAUAUAAUAAAAGGUUU